AUGGAAAAGGAGUGUAAGGUGCCUGAAGACAAACAUGCUAGGGAGAUACUACUGAUAAAGGAAGAGAUCGCUAGGAUGAAGAAAAUACAUGGUGAUCAAAGGGCAAGCCCUAGCAGAUCAUCUAGUGAGAAUCCAGCUGAUGAAGAAUAUAAGCCUUUGCAAACUUAUUUCCCAGAUGAAGAGGUAUUGUUUGUAGGAGAAAACAUUGCUGAAUUAUACCCGGGUUGGAGAUUGUUCUUUGAUGGGGUGGUUAAUUUCAAGGGCUUGGGAAUUGGAGCAGUCUUAAUAUCAGAAACUGGUCAACAUUAUCUGAUUACCGCCAAACUACGUUUUCUAUACACCAAUAAUAUGGUUGAAUAUGAGGCUUGCAUUCUCGGUCUCAGGUUAGCCAGGGAUAUGAAUGUUCGAGAACUACUAGUCAUUGGAGAUUCUGAUCUAUUAGUUCACCAAGUUCGAGAUGAAUGGGUUGUAAAACCCCUAAGAUGGAAUUCGCACAGGAGUUAUGCAUAA